AUUGUCAUUUUCACACAACAGAAACAUGGAAUUGUUACUUUACAAGUUUAUGCUUAUUUUAGCUUAUUCGUGUACUGGUUUAGUACGAUGCGAAAUGAUUGAUAAGAAUUUCAUAACCGAACAAGUUUGCUUUGAUUCCUAUGGUACCGUUUUGGAAACUAGCGAUCAAGUACGCGGGAAAAUUGACUGUGGAUCGCGAUGCAUUAAAAACAACUGUACAUCGUUUCUGUACAAUCAAGAUCUGAAACUGUGUACACUUAACUCAGAAAUGUUCUUUAACAGAACAACACUUGGAUGCAAUAAUUUGGUGUACUACGCCGAAGUCACGACUCAGCAGCCUGGUAAUCAGCCCGGACCAGUUGUAUUAUGUGGUGAAAUUCCAUUACUUCCUUCCAUUAUGGUGAACAACGCAAGCGGAAAUUACAGUGUAGGUUACAAGAUGCCAUAUAAUUGUAGCGCAUGCGCAAGUUAUCCGCCAAAUGGCUCUCCAGAAUACAUAGAAUGUGGCAUUGACGGCGUGUGGAUUGUACCUCCAGUAUUAUGUGUCACUGGGGCUGAUACUGGAUUUUUAAAGGAUGGGACCCCUGUACCUGCCAAUGCAAUAGGUUGUUUCCAUGAGUUUAACAACACUUGUCCAGAGGCUUCGGUAAUGGAUGGGUACUUAUAUGAUGGUACUUAUGGUUCGUGUUUUUGUGACAGUUCGUGUUGCGGCGCCGGCGACUGUUGCUAUGAUUCCACAUGUGCAUCAGUGCCAAAACCUAAACCCUAAACAGAUUUUGUCAACCAAAUACCGAAUUCAAUAGUUAAACGAAAUAAUUGAAGAUUCAUUUCGUGAAAGUGCACAUAUAUUUGUCUAGAAAACUUAUUUUAAUUGGCAUUAAAUAAAAAAUUGUGACAUUAGUAGAAAAAAUAAUGACCUCAU